AUAGAAGGGGGAGCCCGAAGGAAGGAAGGAAGCCGACACCGCGCCACCCGCGGCGUGACCUUUUCCCGGCCGACUCAUCAUGAGCGUGGGCGUGUGUGUGUAUCCGUCCAUGCACCUGCGGCUCCCGUCCGUAUGUGUGAGACGGGACGGGCCUAUGAGCUCCAGGGCAUUUAAGUAGCAGCAACCCCCUCCGACCCCGCCCCUAGAUAGCUCGCUCGCUCUCGCCGGCUCACCGCUCUCUCUCUCUCUCUGACUCUCUCAGCGCUAGCUCCAGGCCGUUCUCUCUCUAGCUAGUGUUUCCUUUCCUUCCUCUUUGCUGGGCGCGCUUCUUUGCUUCCGAGGCGGUUCGGAUGCUGUCCCACGUCGAGAUGGCCCCCGUGGCCGGCGGGUUCAAGCUCUUCGGCAAGGUCAUCACGCAGUGCGCCGAGAGCGCCCCGCCGGUGCCGGUGCAGCCGCCGGCGAGGGGCGCGCGGGAGAGGGACGACCCGGACGAGCGGGACCAGCCCAUGGUCAAGCGGGAGGCGGCGGCGGCGGCGGACCACGACUCCGCCGAGAAGCAGCAGCACUCCGGCGCCGGCGGGGAGAGCAAAGGGCUGCAGCCGCGCCCGCGGCAGCAGCAGCAGCCGCAGCACCAGGACACCGCGGAGGCGCGCGCGGCCUCGUCGGCGCCGCCGCUGCCGUGCCCGCGCUGCCGGAGCCGGAACACCAAGUUCUGCUACUUCAACAACUACAACAUCAACCAGCCGCGCCACUUCUGCAAGGACUGCCACCGCUACUGGACCGCCGGCGGCGCGCUCCGCAACGUCCCCGUCGGCGCCGGCCGCCGCAAGAACCGGCCCCUCGGCCCCGUCGUCGCCGCCGGCGCCGUGCCCGCCCACCUGCACCACCAGCACCGCGUCGCCGCCGCGGGCUUCGUCCUCGGCUUCCCCGGCGGCCAGCACCCUUCCUCCCCGACCUCCCCGUCGCCGGUCUACGCCGACCGGUGGCCGGUCUGCCCCGACCGCCGGUUCUGACGUGACGACGAUCCGCCAUCCGAUCAGCCUCGCGGGCCCCCGGCUGGGUUUGGCCUGCGUAACUUCCUGCUGAGGUGGGGGAGGCUGCGCCUCUGCUUGCCUUGCCUCCUUGUUGUACGUGCGCCCUUGCACAAUCACCAAAAGGGUAUGGAUGGAAUGGAUGGAUGGAUGGGAGGAGGACGACAUGGAAAAAUGGCCUUUUUGUUUCUUCUCCCUCGCUCUCUCCCCGUGUGUAGCUCGUCCGUUUCCUUCCCUUCUUUUUGUUGUUUCCCAAGCUUUGGAUAGAGCUCAAAUUGCAGGCGGGGCGGGUUGCAGCUGGCCGCAAACCCGCCGUGUUUGCCACUAAGUUUAUUUUGCGGGUUUGCGGCUGCCCGCUAAUCUAUGCUACGCCGCUGAUAUGCAGAUGGGAAACAACAAAGAGAAGGGAAACAACAAAGAGAAGGGAAACUCUUUGUUGUCUCCCUUCCGCCUGCAAUCCGAGAUAGAGCUCGUAGCUAGGCUGCAGUCUUGCAGAUGUGUGUAGUGCAAUGUAAACAGCACCGGCGUGUUGCGAACUCCGUGGAAACGAAAACCUCUCCGUGCGUGCGUG